CGCCGGAUGGUUUUAUUUUAGCCAUAGUCGGCUCUGGUGUUCGAGUUUUCGGAUCCUAUUUCACACUCGAGAGGAUAAGCAAGAAAGAAACGAGCUGUCGAGUUUAAAAAUUAAAAAAGUAAGGUUGUCCGUUGAAAAUGAUAUCGAUAUCUCCCAUAUUCCCAACCCAUUACAACACAAUCUCAUAAAAAGAAAGGAAUUUCAACAACAACGACCAAAACCUUUUUUCUUCGACGCUUCCUUAUCAUUUUCCUCAAAAACCAGACAACCCCGUUUCUUGCUCUGAGACCCAAUUCCUCGUUUUCGAUCUAAUUCCGAAAAAAACCCCCCAAAAGUUGUGAUUUUUGGUCCUUUGCACGGCCUUCGCUUCUGUUCUCAGGGGGCCUUCAGCAAUCCGAUUGCGUCGAAUACAGCUCCAGUUGCGCAAGGGGUCGUGAAGUUUGAAUUUUUUGAACAAAAUCAGGUAUGCAGAGCCAGCUUGUGUGUAGUGGGUGUAGGAGCAUUCUUCUAUAUCCUAGAGGAGCUACUAAUGUUUGCUGUGCAUUAUGCAAUAUAAUUACCCCAGUCCCUCCUCCUGGUACAGAAAUGGCUCAACUUAUUUGUGGGGGUUGUAGGACGUUGUUAAUGCAUACACGUGGGGCAACAAGUGUGAGGUGCUCCUGCUGUCAUACUGUGAAUCUUGCUCCAGCAUCCAGUCAGGUUGCCCACGUCAACUGUGGAAACUGCCGGACAACACUUAUGUAUCCAUAUGGAGCUCCUUCUGUCAAAUGUGCAGUCUGUCACUAUGUAACUAAUGUUGGUAUGACCAAUAUGAGGGUUCCAAUUCCAGUGCACAGACCUAAUGGGACAGCCAAUUCAGGAAUGGCGCCCUCUACUUCCGCGGCAAUGCCCCAUUCUCAGAGCCAGACCGUUGUGGUUGAGAACCCUAUGUCCGUUGAUGAAAGUGGCAAAUUGGUGACCAAUGUCGUUGUUGGUGUCACAACCGGGAAAAAAUAGUACAGCGGGAUUCUGCAAUUGAUUGCAGCUAGUUUUAUUUCGCAGGGAGCGAAUCAAAUCCUUAUUACACAUUACUUGGAAGAUAGACAUCAAAAUUGGUGUAUAUUUUAUUGGAGUUGUUCAUAAACACUUGUGCGAGAAACGAUUUCAAAUAUGAGGCGUCAGAUAAAUGUAUCAUGUACUAUUAAAGAGACUUGGAGAGGACAUUCCUAUAUCAUUCUUGUAAUUGCUCUAUCACCCGCGUGUUCAAGUUGAGUCGAGUGACUGCACA